AUGCCAAAUUACCGCUUUGAUCAGCUUCUCAACUUCCGUGAUGUCGGCAGCACGAUCAAUUUAUACACCAAGGCAUCAGUGCUGAAGGUUGGUGUACUCUACCGCAGUGCCCGACCUGAUGAUGCAUCUGGAGCAGACCGCGCAUAUCUCACGGAAACUCUAGGCAUCAAGACCAUCAUCGAUCUCCGCUCAAAGAUCGAGCACAUCAACGCUACCAACAAAUAUGCCUCAUCCGACGGUCAACCUACCCGUGACUCUGCAAUCGUUCCCCAAAGCAACCAACAUCCUGGCUCAUCUCUCCAUAUUCCAGACAUCUGUUACGUAGAGAUCAAUUUGAAUGGAGGGGCGUUCGAGCGUGCGCUUCUUUGGAAAUUGAGUUACACCAGUCUCAUCCGCCUCCUAUGGCUGAUGGCCUGUGGAUAUCGAGAGGACGCGAUAGGUAUCCUUGGCCGAGAGGUAAUGCUACCACGUGGUCUGAUCGGACUGGGUAUGGAUACACUCGCCUGUAGCACGAGCGAGAUCAGAGAUGUUUUCACCCACCUCUCUGAUACGAGCAAAUACCCUAUCCUGGUGCAUUGCACACAAGGCAAAGACAGGACGGGCUUGAUAGUCCUGCUGGUUUUGAUGCUCUGUGGGGUGGCACAGGAUGCCAUGAGAGACGAUUAUGGGAGGUCAGAAAAGGAGCUGUUGGUAGAGCAGGAAGAGAGGCUACGAGAACUCAGGAAAAUCGGGCUGGAUGAAGACUUUGCUGGUUGUCCGCAGGACUUUGUACCCGAAUUGACGAAGCAUGUUCAAGAACGGUUUGGCGGUAUUGAAAGGUACUUGACCAGCAUUGGGAUUGAUGAAGAGGCGCAAAAUCGUGUUCGGAGUACCAUAUUACACACUGGGAGGAAAAUCGAGGAGGCUCUCGCGAAUAAUGUCUGA